AUGCAACCUCAUUAUCUGGGAAGAAUGGACAUUGUAUGUGAUGGUUGUGGUGCAUUGCAUUGGGACGCAGAAAGAACUGCUGGUCAGACCAGAAGCAAUAAUCUCUUCUACUCAUGCUGUAAAAAAGGAAAAGCCAUAUUGCCCUUAUUGCAAGAUCCGCCUGAGUCCUUGAAUAGUUUAUUCAACGGAAGCCACCCACGCUCAUCUCAUCUCUUGAAGCAUAUAAGGCAAUACAAUAAUUUGUUUGCUUUUACUUCAUUCGGUACCACUGCUACGCCAGCAGGGGCCCAGAGAGAAGGAGAGGAGGAGAGGAGAGGUGGGAUUACUACAGUAGGUGCCCAUGGUGAAUUGUAUCACAUGCAAGCACCCUUGAAUUUUGGUAAUGCUCCAAAGUACAAUCAGCUGUACAUUUACGAUCCCGAGUAUACCGCUGCAUGUCGAUCUGCCAACCCAAGAAAUCAGCAUUUAGAUGAUUCUACCAUUGAAGCAUUAAGUGAAAUAAUUGAUGAUGCGAUUCGUUGUGGUAACCCAUUUGUACGUAUCUACAAGCAUGCCCACGAGAUUCUGGGUGCAGAGGAAGAACGACAAGCCCAAGAUCAUGUCAGCGAGGAUGCAUACAUUCGACUCAACCCUCAAAUGAGACUUGAAUUGAUUGUCGGUGAAGAUAGGCGUACUCAGAACCUGCCAACCGUCAACGAGAUUGCAGCUGUCAUCCCCAAUGAAUAUGCUGAUUCAAGUUUCAGAGACAUCCUGGUUAUCUAUCGAAAUAGCUCCUUCACCAGUUCCAGAGGACACUUUAGAAGGAUCAACGAGACACAUGCUGCCUACAUGCCUCUCCAUUACGUUUUGCUUUUUCCCAGAGGUGAAUAUGGGUGGCAUUGGGGCCUUCGUUUGCAAUUGUCUGCUUCAACUGUUGAUGCCAUGGAUGUUGAUAAUGAAGAAGUGCAAGAAGGACAGCAACAAGCAGCAAAAAGGCUCCCUCAGCGAGUGUUUUACAGAUUUAGACUGCAUGUCAGAGCUGAUGAAUUAAAGAUAUUGUUCUUAUCAAGACGUCUCUUCCAGCAGUAUGUGAUCGAUGCUUGGGCUGUCUGUGAGCAAACAAAAUUGGACUGGAUCAAGUCUAACCAGGCAAACCUUCGUGCGGAUGUCUACAAAGGUCUUGCUGAUGCUACCAGUGCUGCUGAUGCAGAUCUUGAAAUGGUUGGAAGAUCAUUCGUCUUGCCAAGUAGCUUUACUGGAGGGCCUCGCUUUAUGAUGCAACUGUACCAAAAUGCAAUGGCUAUCUCUUGA